AUGCUCCAAGGAGCAGUGAAGUGGCAGCAGGCAGGCAGAUUGAAGCUGAAUACCACAGGACUUGGAUCUCAGCUAGUGGACAGUAUUUUAGUUUCUAAACUUUCAACCAGUGCUCCUUUUGGAAACCAUGAUGUUUUUCAGAAAGGUUUUUCUUGAGUCAAAAAUGAACUUUUGCCAAGUCAUCCUCUUGAAUUAUCAGAAAAAAAUAUUUUCCAGCUCAAUCAUGAUAAAAAUAAUUUUUCCACCCUGAGAAAUAUCCAAGGCCUAUAUGCUCCCCUGAAGUUACAGAAGGAAUUCAAGGCAGUGAAACAGGCCCAGCAUCUUCCAUUUCUUCAGAGUUUGAACCUCUCCCUGGAUAUUUUGAGGGGCAAUGAUGAGAGUAUUGGAUUUGAAAAUAUUCUCAAUGAUCCAUCACAAAAUGAAAUAAUUGGAGAACCAGACAUGAUGAUGUUUACAUUUUCAUGA